UCUCUCUCUCUCUCUCUCUCUCUAAACAACAAGAAACAAAAAAAUGGCGAGGGAUUUCGAACCCAAGCACCGCCGCAGCACCAGGCGAUCCCACUCCUCUUCCCCCUCCUCUUCCUCUUCCUCCGAGAUCGAAAACCCUAGCGCUCGCCAUCGUAGUCGGAAGCGCGAGAGGUCGAGCGCCCGAAGCAGCAGCCGCAAGCAUCGUCACGAGAAGAGGAGCAGCGGUACCCGCAGAUCCGAGAAGAAGAGGAGCUCUCGCGACGACGACGACGAUCGGCGUCGGCGGCGGCGGCGGCGGCGAAGCAAGAGGUCGUCUAGGGCUUCUUCUUCUUCUUCUUCUUCUUCUUCUUCUUCUUCGGAUUGUGAUGUAUCGGAGCCGCAGGAGAUCGUUCGGUCCAUCCUCCGCAAGUUCCCGAGCGUGGCCGGGGAGCUUCAACAGCUUCUUCAAAUGAUUGAAAAUGGCCAAGGUGUUGAUAUAACUGGAAUUUCUGACAAGUCAUUGGUUGCACUCUUAAAGAAACUUUUCCGGUCAAUGAAGCUAAAACAAAAUGAAAGUGGGAUUUACUUGCCGCGCCAGAUGGGUCUUCCUACCCUUGAUCUUACUGGAUCACCAUCUCCACAUCUUGAACCUUCAGGCAAUCAACUUUCAAACUCUGGGCUUCUACAUGAAGAACAAUCUCUGCCAUCUAAUGCAGAAUUCACGGAAAAUAGAAAUGACCAUGCCACUGUAGAUUUGAGAGGACCUAGUGAGAAAGAAGAAUCUCCACGUCCUACUAAAAGAAGGGUUAUUGGUCCUGAAAUGCCCUCUCGCGAGUUACUGGCUGCAGCAGCUGAGUUGACUGAGGCUGAGAAUUUGCUAAGGGAUGCUGACUUGGAAGUUGACAAUGAUUUGCUAAUAGGUCCCCCUCCACCUGCCAUGGUUGCUGAGGUUGAAUCUGCAAAUGAAGCUGAGCGCUUUGAGGAGGUAGCUCGAAUUGCUGGGGCUGAUACUGAUUCACCAUAUGAUGUGCUUGGAAUAAAUUGGAAGAUGUCAUCUGAUAACAUCAAGAAAAGGUAUUGGAAAUUAUCUCUUAUGGUACAUCCAGAUAAAUGUUCGCAUCCACAGGCACACCAAGCAUUUGUUAUAUUGAACAAGGCUUUCAAAGAUUUACAAGAUCCUGAUAAGAGAAAAGCUAUAGAUCAGAAAAUUGAAGAAAAAGAAGAGCAGGAAAAGUUUAAGGUGGAACUGAAAGCUCUCCAGGAAGCUGCACAAUGGAGGCGGCUGCAAGGUAUAUCAAUUGAAGGUGAUGAAGAGCUUCUUGCGGUCGGAAAAGAGGCACCCAAACCCUCGAGAGAUGAGUGGAUGACAACAUUACCCCCUGAAAGAAAACCGGGAAUGACCAUGCAUUCGACGUCAUUUAGUAGGACAGGUAAAGAAGGACGAGGUGAUACUAGCAUGUGGACCGAUAAUCCUCUCGACAAAGCACAGAAAGCAAAACAGAACUAUAUAGAGGCUUACAACAAAGCCAAAGCGCUUGCCGAAGCGGAUGACGAAAAUAAAAAAACCUCCUCAGAUGCCGCAUUGGUUGACAAGUAUAACUCUUCCAAACGAUCUGUACCUCUUGUGCAGAAGCACCGAGAGGAGAGCAGCAGCAAGCAGAAGAAUCAGAAGCAGAAGCGGAAGCAGCAAAAGCAGCAGCAGGAAUCAGAGAAAGAGGAGUGGGAGGGUAACCACCCCUGGAAACCGUGGGAUCGCGAGAAGGAUCUGGUGGCGGGACGACAAAGGGUCAAUUUCGACCAAGAGAGCAUGGUGCAGGGAUUGACCUCUCGCUUCUCGUCGGGCUCCGUGCAGAGGAACUUCCUAUAAAAUCUUGGUGGUGGUUUUAUGUCGUUGAUCUUAAAAAAAACGCGCGCACACAAAAAAAGUGAUUCAUGUCAUUAGUCUUAAGAAGAAUACAGAAAGGAAGCAAGAUGCCGGUUUACGUUUCUCGCGGUCUACGAAUUAUUAAAGCAAGAUGCUGGUUGUCUCACACAAGCCGUAUUUAUAGGAAUACAACUUAAUACCGGCUCUUCAAAUUGUAUGAAAAAAUGUAGUGACCUCGUAAGUGAUCUCGUAAUUUCUUGUAUAUUUUCAAACUCUUUUGGGUUAAUCUACCUAUGAAAUGUGUGCGGCAUGUAACAUUUCAUUUUUGUACUUCCUACAAGCAGCUCUUAAGGUCUAAAUCCAAUUGUCCUUCAUCUUGUAC